AUGCUAGAGCUCAGUACCUUUAUAGGACAGAUUACAGGGCUUGUAUACGUCACUGCGGCGGUUUUGCCCCUAUGGUAUUUGGCAUCGUACCUAAUUUCUCCCUUGGGCCAGUUUCCUGGCCCAUUUCUUGCCGGAUGGACCAACCUGUGGCGAAUGUAUCAUGUCCGGCGAGGAAAAUAUCAUUUGGUGAUCCAAGAGCUACACAAAAAGUACGGUCCUGUGGUGCGGAUAGCGCCCAACGUCUUAGACCUAGAUAUUCCUGAGUUGGUCAAGACUAUUUACAACACCAAAGAGGACUAUCUCAAAACGGAGUUUUACCACGGUAGCAGUGCUGUGAAUAACGGAAAGAUCAUUUAUAAUCUUUUCAGCGAAUGCAAGCCAGAAGUCCAUUCAGCACAGAAAAGGCCCGUCUCUAAGUACUUUUCUCUGAAUGGAAUUCUCACGCUUGAGCCCCACAUCGACAACAUAAUCCAGUAUUUUUGCCAACGCUUAGACGAGAAGUUUGUGGACGGAUCAAAUUCUUCCCAAGUAUGCGACCUUGGAGAAUGGAUCAAUUACUAUACGUGGGACGUCGUUGGCCAAGCUACAUUUAGUCAACCGAUCGGAUACCUAGAAAAAGGCUAUGACUUUGACAACACUCUCAGUACAGCUAACACUGCUAUGGAUUAUUUCUCCUUAGUUGGACAGAUGCCGAUCCUCGAUCAUCUACUUGACAAAAACCCAAUCUAUAAGCUUGGGCCACCCUCUUUCGGUACCAUCACCAAUAUCUCGAUCCAACAUCUAGUGGACCGUCUCCAGGGCAGUGACGCCAAAUACCACGACUCGGAGAAGCCAGACUUCUUAGACAAAUUUAUCGAAGCAAAAGAAAAUCAUCCAGACGUUGUCGAUGAUACGCUGAUUAUUUCUUGGUUGAUGGUCAUUAUGAUUGCUGGAGCGGACACGACGGCUAUCACCCUUAAUGCGGCGUUAUACUACUCGUUAAAACAACCAAGUGUCUGGCAGCGCCUCAGGUCAGAAAUCCCUGCCCACGAUUCCAAGUCAUCAUUUCCGGCGACUUCCUACAAGGAUUCCAGGAAUUUUCCAUACUUGAAUGCAGUUGUCCGUGAGGCAUUAAGGUUCCAUCCCGGCGUUGCCAUGCUUCUUGAACGAUACGUACCCAAAGGAGGUCUCAAUCUCCCCGAUGGACGUCAUGUCCCAGCCGGCUGCGUGGUUGGAAUGAAUCCUUACGUUAUCGGGCGAAACAAGUCAGUCUUUGGCGAGGAUGCUGACAUAUUCCGCCCUGAGCGAUGGCUUCGCGACGAGACAGUGGAGACCGAAGAAGAAUUCGAGCAACGUCUUCGCCUUAUGAAUAAUACGGACCUAGCCUUUGGAGGCGGGAGUCGUAUCUGUAUCGGUAAGCAUUUAGGUCUCGUUGAGGUGUAUAAGGUUCUUGCUACCCUUAUUUCUCGCUAUGAUAUUCGCUUUGUCGAUCCAACUAGGGAAUGGUCAACCCACAACAGCUUUUUUGUGCGACAAAGUGGCAUUGAAGUGAAGCUAUCCAGUCGUACAUAG